AUGACCGAAUGGCAGCUUUUACGCAGAGGCUUGUCUCACCUGCUGAAACGCACUUCACCAUUCAGCACAACAGAGCCAUCUUUCGCACUCACCUCCAAUUAAUAUCCACGCAGGCGACAUCAGCGCCUCGUUCUCGCCUCUUUGGGUUUGUUUCGUUUUGUCUCUUGCUUGCUUUUAAUGUGACGAGCCCGGGUAUCCUACCAUGCCCUCUGCGUAUGGAUCCUCUCUGCCAGAGUAGGCGAACAAAGCGCAUCAAGGCUCUCCAGAGAACUGCCUUCUCCCCAGAAAUCAAGGAUUUUUGUCUGUAAGUACUCAGGAUAGCCAUUUGGCAUCUUCUGCUGAUUUUCUUGUCGUUAGGCUGCCUUGUGGUUAGUUCACUGGAAAAGAACACGCUGUUAAAGAUGGAUACGCUUGUACUUAGCCCGAUGGAUCGGCAUUUAAUUUAGGGAACAUCCGAUCCCCUCGCUGUACAAAAAUAAUGGCAAGAUUUUGGAUAGCGCUGGACGCCUUGUUGGUUUCCUGGGACUAGAAGAGGCCUGUGUUGAUGCUUGAGAACAAAAACAACCCAAUACUACAAAAACACAUUUUCAACUCUUCCCAAAGCGUAAAUAACUAUAUGUCAAAAACACAUCCGAGCACUGAUAGAACAUACUGACAAAUACAUCACCGACAAGGGAAAGAAACUAUGGAGCACACCGGGAUCGAGGAGGUGAACCAGACGCACCAGCAGCAGCAUGAACCCAUCAGCUUCGGGAUCGACCAGAUCCUCAACAGCUCGGACCAGUCCAGCGGCUGCAUGCUGCCCAACCGGACCGGCGAUCCGGAUUACGCGUUGGCCUCCAACGUCUACAGCAACGGCUACAACAGCGUUUACAACCCAGCCUGCUCCAUGGCGGCGGCGGCGGGUCUGGCCGGCUCCUACAACGUCAACAUGAACAUGAACGUCAGUAUGAACAUGAACGUUAAUGUAAACUCGGGCGGCGCCGGUGGGGUGAUUCGGGUGCCCGCGCACAGACCCAUGCCGCCUCCGCCCGCCGCCGCCGCGCCGCACCCGCCUCCUUCUACGCAUCCGCCGAGCCUCGGACCCGGCAUCCCCUCGGUGCCCGGGAUGGGGAUGGGGAAUGCGGCAAACUUCACCUUCCCGUGGAUGGAGAGCAGUAGGAGGUUUGCCAAGGACAGAUUAACAGGGGAGCAGGCAGAGGAGAGCCGAGUCGGAGAGGCCACAGGGGGGCCGGGGCCUGCCGGGUCCCUCUGUCCUCUCCCCAAGGGAGACAUCAGCAGGGUCCCCGUCUGGAGCACUGUGGAGACAUUAGCCAAAUGCUAUUACCCAGAGCUUGCUCACCUGCGAGACAGCAAUGGCCUUCUAGCAGACUAUCCUUUCCCAAAGGGGGCUUGCCCAGCCGCCCUCUCUCCUUUCUCCGUGACCCGUCGUAUCGGCCACCCUUACCAGAACAGGACGCCGCCCAAGAGGAAAAAGCCCCGUACCUCCUUCAGCAGGGUGCAGAUCUGUGAGCUGGAGAAACGUUUCCACCGGCAGAAGUACCUGGCGUCUGCUGAGCGCGCCACCUUGGCCAAGGCCCUGAAGAUGACAGACGCACAAGUCAAGACCUGGUUUCAGAACAGGCGGACAAAAUGGCGGAGACAGACCGCAGAGGAGAGAGAGGCUGAGAGGCAGCAGGCCAACCGGCUGAUGCUGCAGCUUCAACAGGAAGCCUUCCAGAAGACGUUGAGCCAGCCUCUGCAGCCCGACCCACUCUGCUUGCACAACUCCUCCCUCUACGCCCUGCAGAACCUGCAGCCCUGGGCAGAAGACAAUAAGCUGACAGUCUAAAAGAGAGGAGCGCACUUUAUCCAUAAGUGCCAGGAAACAAAUGGACACCUCUGUACAUGCCCAACUAUCAAGACUGUCCCCCCUUUUGCCUCUGGAUCCCCCACGAGGCAGCAGAGACUCUCUGCCACUAAUGGCAAAAAAAGACCUGUUUUUCCCCUUUGACUUUGUACAAUGUAGUAAAUGCAUGUUUCAUCACCUUUUCUGUGUGCACUCGGAAGUACCACUGAUGUCAGCUGCCGUCGAGGUGGACUGCAGUAAUCAAGUGGUAGUGGAUUGGUGGAACUCCUGAUGACGAAUUCCUCAUUAUGUUCAGUUUAAAGGUGUUUUAUAUUAAAUGAUAUUGUGACUUUUUGAAAAGAUGACAAACCUCUCUGUUUUCCUUCCUUGGGUUUUUUCACUCACUGUAUGUUUGUUUGUCACCAUUAUGAAAAGCACGCAAUAAUACUUUAUGAUUUUAGCGAGCUAGUUAGCCACAUGGGAUUUGGCCAUGAUUACACAUUAAAGUUUCAAACCACCCAAAGGUAAGAUACCAUUGAACUGUAUCAGAAGGACAGCGCAAUACCUUUUUUUUAUCCAUAAAAACUGAUGACUACAGCUCCCAGGUGUGAAUCUGAAUGAGGGCGUUGCCGAAAAACAGCAAGCAGGCUCAGCAAAACCCUCCCUGGAUAAAUAAAGGUUUGAAAACCGAUGCCAGCUCAAAUUAGAACGAGAGUAUGGGAGAAAGUACAAGUUGUGCUGCUGCCAAGGAAACAUUUGAAAUGCAGCCAUCAGGUUUUCAUGUGUUUGCUUUAUUCCACUGAUUUUAGUUGAGCAAGAAAUCUGAAUACAAAUUGAAAUGAUGGUGUGUUUCAAGUUUGUGUCAUUUGUCCUGAUUGCCCCUCACCUUUCUGGAGUUUAAUUUGGCCAAAGUUCAUU